CUAGUCACAUUGAUCUUGCAUUUUCCUUGUCUAAAGUAACUGCGAAAAGCAAAGACAAAACCCGAACAGCUCUUCCCUCUCUCGUUGUUGAAUGCUUCCAUGGAGUUCAGACCUCGCAAUUACAGUGCCGAGCUUGAAUCUCACGCCCUCCCUCGCGUAACCGCCGCUGCUCAUCCUUUGUCUGCUUCACCUCCGUCUCCACCUCUCGCCCAGGUUGAUUUUGUAGAUCGUGGGAACAGUGAUUUUUUUGAUCCACUGAGAGGAACUGAUAAUGAUGCAAAUGCUGCUGCUCCUGAUCAUGACAACCUGAAUGAAUCUUCUGAUCUUCAACCAACGAAGGAGUGGACCUCUUUCAGGAGAUUACUAAUGCAGAGGUUUCCUGUCUCCAAGAUGGUUUCAGUUUCUUCAAUGCCCGAUGUUUUAAUGAGAAGUGGAAAAUUACAUGAGAAAUCUUCAACAGCAAUGCAUUUGGAGGAAUUGGACGAUCCACAAAAAUUUGCAGAUGAGGGUGUCAAGACUAUUACUUGGCAGGAGUAUGUUUCUCGGCUACAUGAGCUCAAAGAUGAGAUUACUCGUUCUUGGCAAGCUGAAGACAGGGUGACAUCCUUAAAGUUAUCAAUAAAGGUUGCUAAGCUUCUGAUGGAUACGUCAGUACUUGAGUUUUAUCCUACGCUUUUUGUUCUUGUCACAGAUAUCAUGGAUAUGCUUGGAAACCUGGUUUGGCAACGCAUAAAGCGAAAAGCUGAGUUUUCUGAAGAUGGAACUUUGCGCUGCAGCUUAGCAGAAAACUUUCAAGCAAGGGAUAUUUGUGCUGAUGCCAAAGAAACUUGCUAUAACUGGUUUAGCAAAAUUGGUGCUGUGCAAGAGCUUCUUCCACGCAUUUACUUGGAGCUGGCAAUUUUGCCUUGCUGGUGCUUUCUGCUUGACCAACCUUUAGACAGCCUCCGGCGAUUGGUAAUGAUGACCAGAGGAUUAGGAGAUCCAGUGGCAUCUGCGUAUUGCCGUCUUUAUAUGGCUCACUGUGCUCAGAAGUUACCUUCACAUGAUAUAGGCUAUCUUAUUACAUGUAUGAAUGACAUCAGAGUUAUUUUAAUGCAAAUCUUGUCAGCCAAUGAAAGAUCUCAUAAAAAUGUUGAAGUCAACAAAAAAUUGCAAGUGAGUUUGAUGGAACCAACCAUUGAGUAUAUUAUGAAGUGUGUAUUUAAUGGGUUGACUCAGAGACAAGCCAAUGAAGUUCUGUCAGAGCUUGGAUUGAUGAAGAAUCAGCAGGAUUUGGGUAGUGUUUCAUGUGUUUCAAUCAUUCUUCAUCAUUUACUGAAGGAGCUCCCUAUUGAAGUAGUUAGUACCAACGUUGUGCAGAUCCUUCAUCUCAUUGAAUUUAGCAAGGAUAAUUCUUUUGGUCAGCAUUUGAAUUACAGACUGCUUGGAUUCAGGCUGUAUGAAAGAAAAUCCCCUGUUCAUAUUGUCAAUACUGUGUUAGAUAAAGUUAUCCAGGGCAUAAUUGCCAUUUGGUACACUACCCUCUUCUGGAAUAAACAUUUCAAAUUGAAGGUCUUGGAGAUGUGUCUCCAUCAAAUGACACACGAAAUGUAAAAGCAUGUAUAAACUUUUGGUUGAGCCACAUCAUAUUCUACAUCUAUUUCUCUGCUCUGUAUUCUUGGUAUGUGUUUCCUUAUUGGUUAGGUAACUAUACAUGAGAAUAGGAGGCUUAGGGUAAGUCAUUAACAUCCGUUUCCUAGCUGUUGAAAAUUGUUUGGUCAGAUGUAAUUAU